GUGGUGGUGGUGGUAUUGCUGGCUAUUUGCAAUGGAACGCAGCAAUAUUGAUUAUGUAAUUGUGGAUUAAAGCUGGUUAUAUACCAUUCUGGGAUUAUAAAUACUUCAGUAAGCCUCUUUAACAACUCUCUUAUGGAUGUGAAAGUGUAUUACUAUCUGAUGUACAUUUUCUGGGUCGUGUUUGAUAACAUAGAUCAUGAAUAAUAAUGUUUCAUUCUCAGUCGUUGAAGGAAUCAUGGUCUGAUUUAGAGCACUUUAUAUAGAGAAGGAUCCGUUUUGAUUACUACAAAAGAAAAAAAAUAACAUCUGAGAUAAAUUUUGAGGAGUUAUGCAUGUCGCAUUGGAUAGGGUAAUGGAGGAAGACGAGGAUGGCGAGUCGGCGGUUGAGAGACUCGUCUCCAUGCGGGCAGCCCAGGCGGCUCAGGACAACAAAGUCCGUAUCAACGUCGGCGGCAUCCGCCACGAGACGUACAAAUCGACGCUGCGCAACAUCCCCGACACCCGCCUCGCGUGGAUGACGACGGUCUCGAUCACGAAUACGACAGCGGAUUACGACCCGAUCACGUGUGAGUUCUUCUUCGACCGGCACCCGACGAUGUUCGAAGCGGUGUUGAAUUACUAUCGAACGGGCAAGCUCCACGCGCCGAGCAACGUCUGCGGCCCGGCUUUUGAGGAGGAACUUCAGUUUUGGGGUAUUGAUGAAAAGCAGAUUGAACCGUGCUGCUGGUCGCAUUACACCCAGCACCGAGAUGCGCAAGAAACACUGCAAAAACUACAGGGUGCUGGAUUUGAAAGCGAGGAGGAGGAGGAAGAAGACGUAGCUAAAAUCUUCGGAAUCGAGGAAGUUUCAGAAACAGAGAAGAACCAGUGGUACAGGAAAUGGCAACCCAGAAUAUGGACCCUCUUAGAGGAACCUUACUCUUCCCGAGCGGCUUUGCUUACAGCUUCAAUAUCCUUCAUCUUCGUGAUGCUAUCCAUUAUGUCCUUCUGCAUGGAAACAGCGGAAUCUUUCACCGUCAUAAACAACGGGACGAACGGAGAAGAAUACAGUGAACCCAUCGAAGCGCUCUUCAUCCUUGAAGGCAUCUGCGUGGCCUUCUUCACAAUCGAACUCAUCGUCCGUCUCGUCUUUUGUCCGAACAAAGUCAAAUUCUUCCUCGAAGUCCUGAACAUCAUCGACAUCGUCGCCUGCAUUCCCUUCUACGUCGACGCUGUCGUCAAGAUCGCCGGUGAACACCUUACCGGGCAGUGGAACGAAAUCCUCGGCUUCAUGAGGAUCGUCCGUAUCUUCCGAAUCUUCAAGCUAGCGCGCCACCUAAGUGGCUUACAAAUCCUCGUGCAUACCUUGAAAGCGUCCGCAAAGGAACUUGUGUUGUUGAUAGUGUUCUUAGGUCUCGGUGUGCUGAUAUCCUCCAGCCUUAUUUACUAUGCAGAGCGGUGGGUGGCCCAGGAUGGCCAGAGGAAUGACUUUCAGAACAUCCCGGUUGGGUUCUGGUGGGCCGUCGUCACGAUGACGACGGUCGGAUACGGUGACCUGGUGCCGAGGACGUGGCUCGGGAUGGUCGUCGGUGCGAUCACGGCCAUCAUCGGCGUCUUGACGCUGGCUCUGCCCGUACCGGUAAUCGUCAACAACUUCGCGCUGUACUACACGCACGCGCAGGCCAGAUCAAAGCUACCCAAGAAGCGGAAGAGGGUCUUGGUCGGCGCUGCGGAUGCGUUGAAGACACAAGGUGCUAACAUCUCGUCGAGUAUCAGUGGUUAUUCCACCCAGUCAACUACCGAGGAUGAUGAUGCUAGUAUUAGGAGUGAUGAUAUGCCUUUGAAGACAGUAUCUGGAACGGUGCAAGCUGCGGGAGAGAACAAGAAGGACACCCCAGCACAUCUCUUCACCGCCGCCUCGGCGAAGGGGGAGAAAACCAGCAUCAGCGUCACCUUCACCGACGAGUGCGCUGAAACGUUCGCCAGUCCCAAGAAGACGCGGUCGCCGUCGCCGACAUCGCCCGCGCCGAAGGAGCCCGGGGGAGAAGGGGGCGGCAAGCCCGCGAGGAGGAUGGUCAAGAGGAUGAGUCUCAUGCCGGCGGCGAGGAGAGAGAGCUUCAUGCCGAAUGGUAACAGCGGUCGAACACGGUCGCUACCCCACGGACGUCGACGAUCACGAAUGCCUUCGAUGCCGGAAGUAGAAACGUAACCGGAAGUACUAUGAGAGGUCAGCUGGUCACACCACUGAUCUGCUAAUACACAGAGCCGUGGGUCACACCUAUCAUAAUACAAUCGAAACACAGAGAAAGCAUAUUGUGAAUGUGAUAAUGUAAAGAGAAUCACAUUGACAGAGGAUAUGCCGACAUAGCGCCGGUAGAGGCGGAAUGGAGUCAACCAAUGUGGACUAGCGAUAGCGAUGAGUCGACUCCUUUUGCUUUUUGGCUGAACAUCGCCAUUUACCAUAGUUAUUGUCUGACCAGAAACAAUGUGUCAAGAACAAUUUGGCAAAGGACAUGCCGACAUAGCACCGAUGUGUAGGCGGAAUUGGAUCAACAUAAUAUGGCCUUUAAUGAAUUCGUUGAAUCGACUCACUACGCUUUUUAGCUGAUCAACGCUAAGCAGUUUUCUGACUAUGGAAAAUAAAAAGACAGAUUGUUCCAGGCUAUGUAAAUCGCCGUGAGAUGCCUAUACACCUAACAAUAAUUAUUCUGUGACUAUUUUGCGCAUUGGACGCAUGUACAAAAUGCAACGUCGGGAACGUGACGCAAGCUUCGGAUUUUGGCCUAUUUUCCAUAACAACUGCAAGUCAAUGUGAAAAUAUAAAGAUAUUGAUGAACUACUUGACCGCGUUACGGAGUAAGGUGACAGGAAGAACAAUGGGAGAAACAUAAAUAAGCCGGUAACAUACAUGGGCUGAUUUUUUUUUUGCAGACGACACAGGUUCAAUAUCACCAUGACAACGCUUCUAGAGGGAUCGAUUGACCACGAUAGUCGGGCAGCGCCAACAGCUGGUAACAAGACCGAUCGAGAGAUGACUGUUGCCUUGGAUACCGCGUCGGUUGUCGAUCUUUGCCGAGGCCAGAGCUCUCCCAAAAGGAAGCAGAGCUCAGAAGGACAACCAUUUGGUGGGGAGGGAGAGAGAAUGUCGUCCAUGGGUCAAUAUGUUUCAGUUUUGUAUUUGUCACAUAAUUAUGAUGAUGUUGAUAGGGAUAUAUUUUACCUAACAAACAACUCUUUUUUUCGUGUAUUGUGUGUAUGCUGAUAUGAUCUUCCCUUUACUGCAUGAAGGCCUAUAGAAAGCUCUGAAAUGAAAACAAUUCUAGAUUUUCACUUCUUUUUAAAUCGCUGACGCUUUUUACGAUUCAUUUUGAGAAAUGCCGAACGUUCGAGCAUCUAGAUGUUCCCCAAGUUGAUCUUUGUCUUGGGAGAAGACACUUGACUUAUAUCGGAGUUGUCGUCUGGUCGAAGUAUCACGAACAUUGCCGAACUUUUCCCAGUUAAAGAAAACCACAUCGGUCGCUCGAAGUUUAUACGAGAAGUGGCGAUUAUUUCCGAGAAUAAGACGUUUACGGAACUGCAUACGAGGAAUAUGUCUGGAGAUGUCACCCAAAACAUUAUGAUUUUUUUUAAU